CACACCUGGACUAUGCGAUUGGAAACCAGCUCUCUCGUAUCGCGCAUGCGCCAGUCUCAAAGCGCGGGAUACAACCCGGAAGCAGAAAACAGUAACAAUCGUAAUGGAGACUGUUUAUUUGUUUCACUAAUUAAAAGAACAGAACAUUUUCAAGUGCGUAGAUGUUAGACAAUAAGAAACUGGGGUUUGUUUAAGAAGGCAGCUAAGGAAAUGUAGAAUUCGGACUCCCGAACGAAAUAGGAAUGAGAUGGAAGAUAAAGAAGCAGGUAUAUUAAAGGGCUGAUGGAAGGUUUCCUCACUGCCACUUCGCCUGGGAGAUGAAGCGAGCCAGCGACGAGUGUCACGCUCGCCUGCAGAGGCUCACAGCGCCCCCCUCAGGAUGUGACGGCGAGUGGGACAACGUUUCGUGUUGGGACAGCGCGGCGGUUGGCGAAGUGGUGACCCUCCCCUGCCCGUCGCCUCUCCUGCACUUGUUUGGAAAGAACGGGACCCUGAGCAGGAAGUGCACACAGGAAGGUUGGUCGGACGUCUACCCCGUCAUCGCCGUGGCCUGCUCGUCCAACACCACGGAGGACCAACCUGACCAGCUGCUUUUCUACAAAGUGGUGAUGGUUCUCUCAACUUUGGGACACAGCUUGUCCCUCGUUAGCCUGAUCACCAGCACCCUCCUCAUCUGCCUCUUCAGGAGGCUGCACUGCAUGAGGAACUACAUCCAUCUCAACCUGUUUGUGUCCUUCAUGCUGAGGGCGGUGGCCGUGCUGACCAAAGACCUCCUACUUUUCUCGGAGGAGGAGACGACCGCCGACUGCAGCGUUCAACCUUCCCUGGUGGGCUGUAAGACCAGCCUGGCGUUCCUCAACUACGCCAUCAUGGCCAACUUCUUUUGGCUCCUGGUGGAGGCGCUCUACCUGCACAUGCUGCUGCUGGUCAUCCACACGUGCGCCGCCCGCCUCUCAAUCUACAUGCUCAUUGGCUGGGGAAUCCCGUGCGUGUUCACGGUGGCGUGGAUCUUAUGCCGGAUACACCUGGAUGACACCUGGUGCUGGGAGAGGAACGAGAGUCCCGUCCCCAGCAGGGUGUUGGACUGGCCUAUCCUGGCGUGUGUUGUUAUGAACUUCAUCCUCUUCAUCAGCAUCAUCCGCAUCCUGGUUCAGAAGCUGCGCUGCACCGACGUUGGCGGCAACGAACAAUCGCAGUACAAGCGUCUGGCAAAGUCCACUCUCCUGCUGAUCCCCUUGUUUGGGAUCAACUAUGUGGUGUUUGUCCACCUGAUGAAUCCCACUGAUCAAACCCUACGACAAAUCAAGAUCUUCUUUGAGUUGGGCCUCGGAUCCUUUCAGGGUCUUAUUGUGGCGGUCCUUUACUGCUUCCUCAACAGCGAGGUCCAGUGUGAGCUGAGGAGGACGAUGAGGAGUCUGUCCCUCAGGCGUUACGUGGGGCGGGACUAUAGGCUGCACGCCGCCUCGCUUGGCCCUAAUGGCGCCAACGACAACUUGGCGCCCAGAAACUGGCGAGCUCAGUCCAUCCUGCAGACGGAGACGGUGUCGCUGUGAGGACUCGGCGUAAAAAGGAAAGAACUCUUUUUUUUUUUUUUUGACAGUUAUUACAAGAAAUCCAGCAUUUAGUGCAAAUAUUUAGCUUGACUUUUUAUAUUUUAAGCCAGGGGUGUCCAAAGCGGGGCCCACAUUUAAAUUUUUAACGGCCCGCCGCACAUUCUAAAAAUACUAUUUAUUUAAAAAAAAAACGUAAAAAAGUGGACUAAAAGAGCAAACAGGUGAAAUGUAACAAGAAGAAGUUGCAAUGUCGACUCCACUAACACAAAGCUGCCAUGCAGGCUGUGUUUUUCUUUAAAACUGUCAUUGCUCAAAAAAUAAUAAUGAAUCAGAAUCAAUAUUGUUAGGAAUUAUUGACCUAUUCAAGCCUGCAAAUCCCUUACAUCAAAAAUUCCACUUUGAAAUAUUUUAGGGGAAAACAUUGUGUAUUUUGUGUUUGCCAUUUAAAAACCAUUUGUUUUGACAAAAAGAGCAUAAAACAAACAAAAAAACCCUGUAAAAAAAAAAUACUAAAAACUAUAAUCGACGGAUGGAUCUGAAGUUGAUCAAAAGACUUAAAGUAAAAAAAGAAAAAGCAACUUAUUUUUAUGAGUGGAAACCUUUUGGAGGCCCAAGAAUGUUAGUGGGAUUUUAAUUUUUUUUUAAACUGACAUUGGUCAAAAACAAAAAAAUGAAUUAAAAUUAGGGAUGUCUGAUCGGCCUGCCGAUAUUAUCGGCCGAUAAAUGCGUUAAAAUGUAAUAUCGGAAAUUAUCGGUAUCGUUUUUUUUAUUAUCGGUAUCGUUUUUUUUAUUUUUUUAUUUUUUUAUUUUUUAAAAUUAAAUCAACAUAAAAAACACAAGAUACACUUACAAUUAAUGCACCAACCCAAAAAAACUCCCUCCUCAUUCACACAAAAGGGUUGUUUCUUUCUGUUAUUAAUAUUCUGGUUCCUACAUUAUAUAUCAAUAUAUAUCAAUACAGUCUGCAAGGGAUACAGUCCGUAAGCACACAUGAUUGUGCGUGCUGCUGGUCCACUAAUAGUACUAACCUUUAACAGUUAAUGUUACUCAUUUUCAUUAAUUACUAGUUUCUAUGUAACUGUUUUUAUAUUGUUUUACUUUCUUUUUUAUUCAAGAAAAUGUUUUUAAUUUAUUUAUCUUAUUUUAUUUUACAAAUUUUUUUUUAAAAGUACCUUAUCUUCACCAUACCUGGUUGUCCAAAUUAGACAUAAUAAUGUGUUAAUUCCACGACUGUAUAUAUCGGUUGAUAUCGGUAUCGGUUGAUAUCGGUAUCGGUAAUUAAAGAGUUGGACAAUAUCGGAAUAUCGGCAAAAAGCCAUUAUCGGACAUCCCUAAUUAAAAUCAAUGUUGUUAUGAAUUAUUGACCUAUUUUAAGGCUCCAAUUACUUUACAUCAAAUACUUGGACAAUAUUUUUCGGGAAAAUAUUACAUAUCUUGUGUUUGGCCAGAAAAACAGGGUUUUGACAAAAAAUGCAUACAAUUUUAAAAAACAACUGUAUUUUGACAAAUAUAUCUAAACUUGAUCUACAGAUUUCGGUGAUAAAUAAAAAAAAAAAAAGACUUAUUUUUUACAUUUUUGAUGACUGAGACCCAUAGGGGUUCCUGAGCGCCAUAAAGGUAAAAAAAAAAAAAAGGAUAUAUAUUGUACUGUUUUAAAAAAAUGAAAACUUUUAAAAUUACCCCCACAUUCUUUGAUUUUCCAGUGUGGGGCCCUCAGUGGAAAAAAGUUUGGACACCCCUGCUUUAAUAAUUCAUUCAAGACGCUUUAUUUUAUCAACAUGUCUUUUAUUGUGCAAGAGUACUGUGACUUAUUUUGUUACAUUUUGUGCUGCAAAACAGUGACCGCGCUGUCAAAAUAAAACAGCAUACUUGACCGAGCGAUAACACUAACAUCAUAAAUAAAAUCUGCCCUACUAAUAAGACAAAAUAACUUACAUUUUGCUUAUAAAUAAAUUCUCAAAUAAAUAAUUGCAAAAUACUAAACAUUGGACUCAAGUAAUGGUGUGCUCCAGUCUUCAUCCUACAAAGUGCUCGUUUUCUUAAUGGAGUUUUGAAUGAGGUCAGGAUGAGGAGGAAGGAAGGGAAGGCGAUGAGGACGCAUAGGGAGCAUGUGAGGAUGCAGAGGGAGCAUAUGAGGAUGCAGAGGGAGCUGCAGAGGCUGCGGAGGUCAGGAUGGAGAGAAGCGUGGUUUUGGGCGGCGAGACGGUGUUGAAACUCUGAGUUUUGGCUUUCCUGAGGGAGAUAGAAAGAGGAGUUAGCCCGAGGAUGAAUGGAUGCCGAGCACAGUGACCAUAAGGGGGCACUCACACAAAGUCCGCCACUUUCUUUUGAACCCACGGAGCGCGGAUGUAAGCGCAGUAGGAGCCGCUAUUGGUGUAGAAGCUGUAGGACAAACAAGGUUUAGCAUCGUUAGCUUCUUUCUAAUUGGUGCGUUACAUCACUUCUACCUUUUUCAAAAAACACCUGUUCUUGUGACCUAUGGGCCUGUUGCGCAACACCACUUAGGACUCGGGGUGUCCCGACACAAACAUACAGUAUAUUGGAGCCUUGAGUAUUGGCCGAAAGCGAUAAUAAUACAGAUACGAUAUCAGCACAAAUCAUACAUACUUUUGUUAUUUUGUAGUGUGGAAUAUUAGAAAAGGAGAUUACUCAGAGAACAAUUAUAUGUUUGAAGGAAUGGACUUAUGCUGUCUUCAAGUUGAACUGGAGUGGUAAUUGUUUUUUGGUGACACCUAGUGGCCAAAAUAUUUACUUAAGUUAAGCUCCUGAUGCGGACACAUUUGUUACCGGAUACUUUCUAAUGCACUUCUGCCUUGGAGACUUUGUGUAUGUAAGUAAUAUGUACCUAUAAUUAUUUGACACUUGUUUAUAUUGACGAGUAUUGAUGGAUGGAUGGAUGGAUAUUGUGUUUUAGACUUACUACAUAUGUCCAUCUUGUGUGCUAUCGUGUGCUUAGCUGUUGUGUAGCUGCCAGCGCUUAGUGGCUGUCAAGCCGUAGUACCACAAGUGGUGACAGUGAGUCGUACUGACACCACACAACUAAGUAGUAGGGGUGUAAAUCAUUGGACACUUAGCAAUGUAAUCUGAUUGCGAUUCCUGGGGUGAUGAUUAGAUUCAGAAUCGAUUCUCGAUUUAACACGAUUCUCAAUUCAAACCGGUUCUUGCAAUGUAUUGUUUGGUAUAAUAAUUAUAAUGAAACUUUUGCUAUACAGGUUACAAAAGCUUGUUCUGGUUGCAUGGAGAU